AUGAGACUCCCGCAGCACGCGCACGACCUCUCGGCCCAGCUGGGGCCGCUGGCGCCGGAACGGCGGUGGAUCAUCGCCGGCGGGGCAGUUCUCACUCUCCUCUUUCUCGGAUACUUUAUGUUUGGCAACGAAAGCAGCGUUGCAGCCAUGAGCGUGUUCCACAUUGUCGCAUUCAAGCUCGCGCGCACCUCCGACCUGCCCGACCUCACGGCCCGGUUCCUGCAGCUGCAAGCCAGUUGCCAGCUCGACGGGCGCCCCUACAUCCGCUCCCUGAGGGGAGGCAAGCAGACUUCGCCCGAGAAGCUCGACGGGGGCAUGCAGGUCGUCUUUCUUGCCGAGUUUGCCAAUCAACAGGAACUCGAGUACUACGUCUUCCGCGACCCGGUGCAUGAGGCGUUCAAGAAGGGUCUGGAGGACCUUGGCGUCGAAAGCGUCACUGUGCUCGACUUUACGGACGGGGUUUGGCCUCAGUAA